AUUGUGUAAUGAGAGCCGUCUCGACUCAAGCUCCGCCUCAUAAACUCAUUUACACUGUUUUACACUCAUUUACGGUCUCAGAGUCGGCUCUCUGUGUUCAUUACCGGACCCCAGCGGAUCAGCGGCUCUUUAUUCUCCGGUUUUCAGCGUGAGUCUGAGUUUGUGGCCGGUGUGAGUUUCAAUGACGCCAUGAUGUUAUUUUUACCCGAUGAGCUCACGAACUCAGUCUAACUUCACCAGCAGCAGACUGACCAGCUUUAACUAGUCUAACUAACCCAUCCGCGUCUCUAUCGGGGUCACUACACUUCCGGUCAGCUUUAUCCGUGGAUCUGCUGUAAACGAGACGGACUGGACCUUCAUGCAGAAUGAUGGAGUGCAGCGGUAAGAAGGUGCAUGAGGUCACGCCGCUGUGAUGGUGUGAAAGAAACUCCCAUCAGCCACUGCGCCUCAAGCACCGUUUUUCCUCUGGAGUUUCCUCUUGCUUUUUAUCUUACGUUUUUGGCGCGCCUGCCGAAUGCAUCAUCAGCUGCUACCAUGAUGCCGUUGAUCUCCUGAGUGUAUCGUCACUGAGACACAGAGACUGUUAGCGCAGAGACGGACUGAGGGAUUGUGGGUAUGUGUGAGCGCGCGGCGCGGCCCAUCGGGGCCGAGGGUCUGGUGGCUCUGCUGGAGGGCGCUCUGGACCGCGUACUGCUGAUCGACAGCCGGCCGUUCGUGGAGUAUAACACGUGUCACAUCCUGGAGGCCGUGAACGUCAACUGCUCCAAACUGAUGAAGAGGAGAUUACAGCAGGACAAGAUCCAGAUCAGUGAACUCCUGCAGCACUCGGCCAAGAGGAAGCUGGAGCUCCAGGGUCAAGAGGUCGUGGUCUAUGACCAGAGCUCGACUGACCCCGCCUCCCUCUCAUCAGAGGCCUUCCUCAGCGUCCUAUUGGCCAAGCUGGAGAAGAGUUUCCCUUCAGUCCACCUACUCUCAGGUGGUUUUGUGGCGUUCUCGCAGCUGUUCCCGGGUCUCUGUGAAGGGAAGUCCUCGCUGGUGCCGUCCUGCAUCUCUCAGCCGUGUCUCCCUGUGAGCAGCAGCGGGCCGACGCGGAUCCUGCCGCACCUGUACCUGGGCUGCCAGAGAGACGUGCUCAACCAGGAGCUCAUGCAGCAGAGUGACAUCGCUUACGUGAUCAACGCCAGCAACACUUGCCCCAAACCAGACUUCAUCCCCGACUCGCAUUUCCUGCGCGUGCCGGUCAACGACAGCUUCUGCGAGAAGAUCCUGCCCUGGCUGGACCGAUCCGUGGAGUUCAUAGAGAAAGCCAAGGCCAGUAACGCCAGAGUCCUUGUUCACUGUCUGGCGGGAAUCUCUCGCUCGGCCACCAUCGCCAUCGCUUACAUCAUGAAGAGGAUGGACAUGUCGUUAGAUGAAGCGUACAGGUUCGUGAAGGAGAAACGGCCGACCAUCUCGCCCAACUUCAAUUUCUUAGGUCAGCUGUUGGACUUCGAGAAGAAGCUGAAGAGCGCGAGCGAUGCGCCGUUCAAUCCUCGACCGCCGUCAGACGAGCGGAAGCUGGAGCCGCUGACGAUGCCCUGCGUUCUGUCCGGCGUCCCCGAGGAGCAUCUUCUGGCCCGGGCGCUCUGCAGCCUUCAGCUCGGAGAGGAACCAGAGGAGAACGUCCGACCCAAACGCUCCUUCUCCCUGGACAUCAAAUCCUACGGCGAGUCCGGAGCAUCUCUUCGAGCAUUUCCCGUCGCUGAACCCUGUCAGUUCUCGCCGUUGCAAGAGGUCUCAGAGCAAAGUCCAGCUGAAGAUCAAGCUAACAAGGUGCUCCAGCGCAGCGGCAGCGAGGAUGGCGCUCCAGCGGGGGUCCUGUCGCACUCUAAAGCCAAAGCAGGGGCGCUGAAGGGCUGGCACUCGGACAUCGUCCUGGGACCCGUGGCCGGAGGCUGGUUCCUCUCCUCAGACUCGGCACGCUUCUACUCGACCUCGGCUAUCUUCAGCGGCGCCAGCUGCGCUCCGGGUCUGGAGGCGGUGAGGAGACGCGGCCGGCAGCGCAGCGGAGACGGAGGAGACUCUCGCAGGAGCUGGCACGAGGAGAGCAGCUUCGAGAAGCAGCUGAAGCGCAGGAGCUGUCAGAUGGACCGCAUGACGGACAGCAGAUCCCGAGAAGACAUGAACACGAGGAGCAGCCAGUCCAGCUUCUCCGGCAGCUUGGAGAUCAUCGAGGUCUCCUGAGGACUCCACACAGUCAAUCCUUUCUUUGCUUUGUUCUCAUUCAGAGUUGAACUCGAUUGGGUGGAUCUGAAGCACAGAUAUCCAGGACCUCGAAACACUACAGAUGGACAGGCUGAACCUUCAUAUAACAUUUGUCCCUGAAAUGUUGUUUCAAUUCACACAUGUGGCAUCACUUAAUUAAACAUGCACAUAAUUAACUCUCAAUUCAGUUUUUGCACACAUUUCCAGCCUAUGAAUCUGAACAUUUAAUAAAAAUAAAAAAAUGUUGUUGACAUGAAAGAGAAAAAACUCUUGGAAUUGAAGUCAGUUAACAGAUACAAAAAGAUCAAGUGCAAUAAAAUUAACACUUAAAUGUGUAUGUUUGGAUGUUUUCAAUCAACUAGUCUGAAAGACGCCGUACAAAACUGACCAGUGCAUGACGCCUAAGAGCGUCUUUUGUCAUAUUUUUGCCAUGCAUGUGUUGAAUUAUGAUCUCAGGAAGUUGCAAAUCUGUCGGAGAUCCAGAAUCAAACACACACAUGGAUCUUUAAUUCUCUCAAGCGUGCGAUGAUGCUCGUUUCUGUCGAGGUCCAGCACAGAACAGUUUCGGCGUUCAUCGACUCAAAGUCCUCAUCCUGACUUUAAAGGCUCAUAAGAUCAUGAACCUGUUCCUCAGAUCACCGGAUCAGCCGUCGAGUGCCAUAAAGACUCAUUUAGACCGUCAUGAACAGAAGGAAUCAGUUUCCUAAAGCUGUGAAACUUGAGCUGAACGAAUCAGAACCAGCAGCUAAAUCACGGGUCUCUGAUGUGCUACCACACAAACGUCAGAUAUACAGUGAUCUAUGUUUUAUCUUUGUCGAAUGACUGAUGCCAAAAUCAUUCCUAAGACAGAUCAGCCAUUAUUUCUCAGACGGUACCGCUGUGAGAUGUUAAUCCGUAGCUGUUUAUUGAUUGUUGAAAUAAAACACAAGUGGUACAUCUGGAACAUCUUCAGCUGUCUCUAUUAAAACAUUAGAUGUUUAUGGAUCGGGUCCAUAGGUGCCGCUGUGUAUUUUACUAUAAUAUAACAUAAAAUACCAUUGAACUGUAUCCAACUUGUUUUGCAGUAGCUGUUCUCUUUUCAUAUAACUAAGAUUAAAACUAGGUGAACUGUAAACCUGUUUGCACCACAAACCAGUGUGUUUAUAAAAAAAUAUAAUAUCAA